AUGGCCCGGGGGGGAGGUGAAUGCCUUGUUCAGAAUCCACACGGACAGGAAGCCUCUCUGGUGCAGAACAUCUUCCGUGUCUCCAAGCAUGCUGGACCUCUGACAGAUGGGAUCACUCCGGAGGACUUCUCACACGUCCUGGUGCCCAUCGGCGCGAGCAUUUUAGUCCCGGCGCUUUGUUGCACAUGCCUCAUUUUCCUUCAUGAGUUGCACGUGGGAGCGGGCGCGAAGCCAUGGCUGGCAAGCCACGACCAAAAUAGCACCGUGCUGCUGCAGGUCGCCUUUCUGACAUUCUGGUUCGUGCCCUACCUCAUCGACUCCAUGAUGAUUCCUUUGUCGCUGGAAUAUGCCUUAGCUAUGGGAGAAUCUGCCACUGCUAGUGGCGUGUUCCUCGGCAUGGCUGCUGCGGGAUCUACUGUCGGCAUUGUCCUAGGACAGAGCCUCACGAGUGAGGCAGACUGGAACCAGCGCUACGCCCGGAAACUGUUCAUCUACUUCUACGGGCUGUCGGUGAUGACAAUGCCGCUUCUCGCAUUGAUCCUACAAGCCUCAAUUGAUUGGAGCCUUCGUGCCAGAAGGCUGACCUUCUGGCUCGUGAUCGCCUUGAACUUUGUGAACACUUGCAUCGGCAGCAUUCCUAUCAUUGCCUGGAGCACCAUGUGGAACAUUGUCACGCCGCAGGGUGAGAAGACCUUCUGGAUGAUGCUGACCCAGUGUGCCAGGAAUGCGGGUUUCAUUCUGGGGUCGAUCUACUUGGCUGGCCUCAGUCAUGCCAUCCGCCUGGCCAAAGGUGGCCAAACCACCUCCCCAAUUAACAUGAUGAGCUGGGCGUUCAUGGCCUCCUUCUUCAUCCAGCUUCUGGAACUGGCGGCCUACUCCCUGAUCUUCCCGACCGAGCUGAAAGACGCAAGCCCCCCCCAGGUGGAGAGCCCCUCAUCGGAAGUCCAAGAGGUUUCGGAGAUCCGCCCGGAGGACCUGGAGGAUGCCGCCAAGGAGCAGGUAGUUUGGGGCGUGAUCUUCUAUGGGUAUGAGCGGACUUUCUCCGUGGGGGCGAUUGAAGUGGCAACAAUUAUGCUUCUGGAGGUUUCGUACGGAUGGCCUCCGGAACGCAGCGGCGUCUCCUUCGUCGUCAUCGCAGCGGGAAGCAUCGUCCUCACCGGACUGUCGACUCUCGCCGUCUCGAUGAAGUUGACGACCGAGUCUCUGAUCUAUUUGCUGAUGACCUACCUCGGGUUAGGUGGAUCCGUACUGCUUUUUGACUUUCACGUCUUCGGUGCUGGCAGCUUACUCGUGGCUGAUGCCCUCGUCUAUGGUGGCGCCAGCGUCGCCAACGGCAUCGCAGAAGGCUGGGCGUGCCGUGCCGCGACCAUGGGCACAUCCUACAGCAUCGAGACCUACCGCGCACAUAGCACCGCCGGUGUCAACGUGAGCCGCUUUCUGGCCCCCAUCAUCGCGCGAUUUCUCUUGGACUUUGGGGGAAGGAACCUCUACGCUGCUGUGCAGUUCCUCUUUGCGCAAGUCUCCGAGAAGGAAAUCCGGGUUCCCACCAGCGGUGGGUUACUGAUCAGCGGCGACACUCUCUUUGUGGGUGGGGCCGGGCGGACCGACUUAGUGGAGUCCAACCACCAGGACAUGUUGCAAUCGCUGGAGCGCCUGUGCAAGCUUCCAUCGGACACGGUGGUUCUACCAGGCCACAACUACGAUCCGCUGGCCUUCACGACCAUCGACAUGGAAGGAGGUGGCAACUCCGUAAUCGCCAACGCCAAGGCGUUCUUCUACUCCUGGGAGCGCGAGGCGGGCUACUUGGGCAACGCAGGCUUCAUCUACGGAGCCACGAUCCCCUCAGUCUACCUGCCAAAAGCCAUCAACGAUUUCCCAGAAGGCUGA